AUGUCAAACUACAACCGUCAAUACCAGCAAGCUUUCUGUAUCACCAUGGUAUUUGCACGGACAACGGCAAAUACCAUUUUGUUUUCUCCUCCACUUUGGCCCGAGCUAACAAAACGAAUGGCUUUAUAAGACAAGCCUGACUUAUGCCUUUUGCUUUGAGUGCGCUGUGUGAUGCCUGGUCUUGGGUAUUGGGUUAAAGGAAAGGGAAUAAGACUGACUUAUGUCCUAUUGAAUAUCCUUUUCCAGAUAAAUGGCUCGUUUAAGUUGGGUGCUGCUCGCAUUCUGUCGGGCUGGCAGAUGCAGUGCCUAGUGCCAGCCCUCCAGGACCACGCCAACAUGAAUGGGACUGGGGAGACGGCAGACAUACUGCCGCCUAACUGCUUGGUCAAGGACCGAUGGAAAGUGGUGAGUACUCUACAUAGUAGAUCUAGUGGUGGUUUUGUCUUGGUGUAUAGUCUCUCUAUAUCAGUAUAUCCCUAAGGGGCUAAGUACAAGGUUACCUUCACACACACAGAUUUGACUCCCCAUCACCAAUGUUCUCCGUGUCUCACCAGAAUUAAAGGGAUAUUGUACUCGAAGAUCUGUGUUUUCAUACCUUGAAGUUGAGCAAAUAAAUAUAAAAUCAGUUUGUCAGGUGUUUUCAUACCUUUAAAUCAAGCAGAUUACAGAAUUCUGCAGGCCUCCAUCCAGCCUGAAUGGGAAAGAUUAUAACUAAUUAAUUUAUUCCUAGUCAUUUGGGACCACAAGAUUUUGUCCUUAACUCUACAUUUUACAUUUUAGUCAUUUAGCAGACGCUCUUAUCCAGAGCGACUUACAGUUAGUGAAUACAUUUUUUUUUUUAUACUGGCCCCCAGUGGGAAACGAACCCACAACCCUGGCGUUGCAAACGCCAUGCUCUAUCAACUGAGCUACAUCCCUGCCGGCCAUUCCCUCCCCUACCCUGGACGACGCUGGGCCAAUUGUGCGCCGCCCAUGAGUCUCCCGGUCACGGCCAGCUGCGACAGAGCCUGGAUUCGAACCAGGAUCUCUAGUGGCACAGUUAGCACUGCGAUGCAGUGCCUUAGACCACUGCACCACUCAGGAGUACUACUCUACUCUUGGAUCUACAGAACAGAAUGUAGAAUUGACUCAAUACUGCUUUUGGGGUGUUAAAUCAUUGGACAAAAUGUUUUUUGGGGGGUGAAAUUUGCCUUUAAUGGUGGUAUCUUAUACGCAGCUCCACUCAUUCGGCCCACUGAAGUAAGGAAGUGAUUGCGUAACAGCCACAAUUACUGUGCUUCUGACGGUGAUCACUUGGACGACCCUGUCAGAACCAAUCACGGAUCGACAGAUCCCUCUGCCAAAGAGCUGAGGAAAAAAGUAGAGGGUGUUUGCACAUGGCUGGUCAAUAUUUGUCUUCGGCACUUGGCUGUCAUGAUCAAGCCAUAAACUAUAAUAGGGUUGUUCAAAGCACUUAAGUACUUGGUGAAAGAAAGAAAAAAGGCAAUAGAGGAGUUGAGGAAGUGAGGCUGGAGAAAGAGGGGUGGGACGAAGGAGGGCAACUAUCUAGUCACUCAGCAAAAAUGAAUUCACUCAAUUACUGUUUGAUCAAUAAGACACACCUCUCUAUCGCUUGGUCCCAGAUCAGUUUGUGCUGUCUUGCCAACUCAUUUUGGUCGUUGUCAUGCCAAACAAUGACAAUGACCAUAGCAGUUAGCAAGACAGCACAAACAGAUCUGGGACCAGGCUAACCUCUCUGUACUCUUCCAUCAAAACUAGUGUUCCUCAUGCGAAAGGGUUUGUUAAGUUGAGCUUAUUUUUGAUUAGGACAGUACAAGCCAGCAUUCUAACAGCACUAGAAGAUUGUUGUUUGAUACGCUUUUUAUCCUCGACACCUUUCUAGCUAAAGAAAAUCGGAGGGGGAGGUUUCGGGGAGAUCUAUGAAGCGCUGGACCUGUUGACGCGGGAGAACGUGGCAUUGAAGGUGGAGUCGGCCCAGCAGCCCAAACAGGUCCUGAAGAUGGAGGUGGCAGUCCUGAAGAAACUGCAGGGUAAGGGCCCACUGCAGUGGCCAUUUUGGGCCUUUCUGCAAGUUUUGUCAAUGAGCCUGGCAGUGCCACUGCGGCGGCCAUUUUGUGUUUACCGUUCUGCUUAUUCAAUGAGUAUGAAGGUGUCUGUGCUGCUCAGCCACUCUUCCUUUACUUGUCAUUCUUACAGUAAAUGGCAUUCUUUGUUGAUGUCACUUGACUUGAACCCAGAUUCCACCGCUGACACCAUGUGUCAAUAUACUUUGUGAUGUAGUCAUGACAGACAAAUAUAUAAAGUUUCAGUCAGCUACAGUACAUAGUCAAGUAAGAACAUUUGUCUUUCCUGUGUAAGAUAAAUAUGUGUUACAUCAAUAAUGCUUAAGACUGCACUUAUGAUUGGUUAUAAAAUCUGCUAUGUCAUGCUCAUGACAGUCUAGUGAAAAGCGUAACCACCUCUUCUCAUGACAGCACAACAUAGGUUUCGGGACAGUAGAACCAGGUAAAGUGUUACUGCUUUGGGUGUCCUUUGAGACAUCCUGUCAGAGAGUGACGCAAAAGGAAGCAGAAUUUCCUUUCACAUUGUCAUGACCACCCUUAAGCAUCCUACAGAGUUAAAAGCUGCAGAGCCAUGCAGUCUAUAUGUAAUAAUGGGCCGCCAGACUAUUGGGACUAGGUGGCUGUGGACUUUGAAUAGAGCUUUAGUCCAAGUGGCUAGGGUGAGCUUCAAUGGCUCAGCCUGCCUUGCACUAAGCUUAUUUAAUGGAGCCUUCUCUUCCGCCUGGCCUUAUUUAGUGGGUCACCGAUGCACUAUUUAAGCAUAUCUGUUUCGCUUUUUGCAUUUUGGUGUGCAGCUUGAAUUAUGGCCCUUGAAUCUUUUGCUCGAGGUUCAAGCAAAUGUGGAAACAGAUGUCUCACUCGCUUACUACACCCAUAGUAGCUUCACGGAAGACUGGCUAAGAAUAGCUUAGACCUAAUGAAUCAAUAGGUAACCUACUAAACUACUCCACAUCCAUUGCUCAUGUUGUUAUUGAUUAAGGGGCCUUUGAUCUCCUUGAAAUUCAGUGUAGGUAAAAUGUCUACAAGGCCAUUAUGACAUAGCUGGAGUGAAAAAUACUCCACUCAUGAUAAAAAGGCCUUUAUAAAUGGUUAUACGUACAUCGGUAGGAAGUAGAGAGGUCCCAACAAUCAAAUAUUUUACUAUUGUGCCCUUAAAGCCAAACAUGCAUCCUAUCAGCACUUUAUUGAUGCUUGAUUGCAUGGUCCCAACAGCAUUUCCAAAACAGUUAACAAACUAGAGCAAAUAUUUUGGCUUAGACUGUGCCUUUCAUUCUGCGAUAACAGGCCCUCUAUAUGUUUUUAUGUAGAUGAACUGUUGUGACUCACAGCAUGUUUUUGCAUGUUGGGUGGGGCAGCAGUAAUGUGUUAAACGUGAUGGCGAUCACGUGGCACAUAGAAGGAGAGCAACUCUCUCCUCCUGGAGUAUGCAUGUCAAUGUGCCAGGGUAACAAGUGACUCACUUUAGCUAUGAGUCAUCAUCACAAUAUGAGGAAAAAAGUAACCUCGAAAGCUGUCACAUGUCAGUCACCGUGUGUGACUGUCACCCAAAGCGACACGUGUGACACAUGAUCGCUUAACAACAUGUACUAUGUCUUUGAAGAAGCUAACGUUUGUGUAUGUUGGUAUUGCUAUGUACAUAUUAAAGGAAGACUCUGCAUCAUCAAACGUAGCGGGGCGGAACAAACAACAAAUUCAAAUCUGCCAAGACUGCUACUGUUGUCUCUUCCCAGCAUGCCCAUAUCAGGAGGUGCCAAUACUGUUGUUGUUGUAAGCAGGACUGUAAGCAGAACAACACCCUUUGGUGUAUGAUAAUGUCAUAUUAUGGACUCUACCUUUCAAGGAAUAUCAAACAACCAAAACAAUGAGAUCAGAAUUUUUCCAAAUUUUCGGUACUAACUGAGUCACAUUAACAGGGUGCUCCAUCAAAAGAUGAAUGGUGCAUGAUGAAUAACAAUGAUUUAUGCUGAUCAUCCUUAAUUGGGAUUAACUGUGAAGAAAAGGAAGACCAGGAAACAUGGACUGGCCAGCUCAUUAAUUUGUCCAGUUUUAUUUGUCUGGUAAUAUUUUAUCUAAAGUUUUCUUGUAUAGAAUAUUUAACACAAGGCCAGGUCCUAGAGAAAGAAAGAAACUCUGAAAAGAACAGUCCUGAGACAGAUGUUUUCAGAAGAAAACCUGGAAAGAAAAGAUUGCUUUAUCCGUUCUUCAGCCAUUGAGUGUCAACAUGAGUGGUUCUGCUGAAUUUGCAUUGAUUUUGGUGAUAUGGGAAUUUGAAUUGGAUCUUACCUAGACCCUGCCAACACUCUCAUCUCCCUGGUGUAACCAAUGAAAACCAAUCCAAUCAUCAAGUUGAAGUGAUAUUUGAACUACGAUUCUUAAAAUAUGCCUUUCUUUUUGUUUAGGUAAAAACCAUGUGUGCAAGUUUAUUGGCUGUGGGAGAAAUGACAAAUUCAACUACGUGGUCAUGCAACUUCAGGUAAGAAGCUGACCUUUGCUUUUUAUAAAGAUUGACCACCAUCCCCCAAAAGCAUUCUGUGAGAAUCUGACCACACUUCAACAAAAACAUGUUUUUCUAAAGAAGUGCAAUUGAUCAAGCCUGCAUAAGGCAUUGUGAAAUGUGAAGUCUUUGCAAAUAGGCCAUAUUAACUGAAUAAAUUAUUAAUAAGCAGCGGUUGGUUAGAGGCUGACAAAGCACAUACUGAUGAAGGAUAAUAAUGCAAAUGUCAUAUGUCACAUGAUCCAGCAUAGCAUUGUCAGCUAUGCUAGCAACCAGUACAUGUCAUUUCACUCCUUCUAUAAUAUGAAAGGAUCUUAUGGAGUCUAUGGCUGUCUUAAUCCAAUCUAUUGUCAAUUGAGACACAGCCUAUAAAGCUGUUAUGUCAUGGUACUUGGGUGUAAAAAUCCAUCAUGACCAAACUUUUGAUAUUGUAUGACUUAUUGACAAGGCUGAAAUCAGCUUUGAAUACAAAACAACUCUGUGCUGUACAUAAUUUACUUCAUAUGUUGAUAUGCUGUGAUGACUUAGCCAAGCCAAUGCCCAAGUUCCAAUUAAAUUACAUUUGAUACUUCUUAAAUUAAUUAAGUUAAAUUGGAACUCAGGGUCGUACUCAUAAGGCAUGAAACGGAAGAAAACAUACUGAAACAGGGGCUGACUACCUGGACUAACUGGUCCAAUACGAAACGUUAAUUUUAGUUUUCCGUUGCAAAAUGGUUUAAAACAUUACAUGCCCUAAUAAGGCGGGAAAGUAAGCUGGUACGGUCCAGUACUGAGUCCCUGCAAAAUAACUAGGCUAGUGGGGGUACGCCGUGCCGGUAAAACCUGAGCCUAUCACAAUUAACACAAAAUGCCCAAAAACGAUAAACUAUUACACCAUUAUUUAACAUUACUGCAUGUCAGCCGCAUGAAAAGUUAGCGAAUUGACUUGCAAACCGGGUGGCAUACGCUCCAAAUUGUAUUGUGGUUCGACUUACAUUUUGCCAAGGAGGAGAUGAGCGGUCGAGACAGAGGCGCGCGCGGACAACAGUGGACGAAUCAGUUCAGGUGUAGGCCUAAUGACAAUUGCAGAAUGUCAUUACAAUACAUGUACAGUAGGUGUUUUGUAACUGAUGUCUCUUUCCAUUCAACAAAUUGCGGGUGCACAGUGCACUGUUGGUGUUUGGAUCCUGGAAUUAUUUAGUGAGUGGAUGAACGUAGCCUACAGGAGCGCCUUUUUUAAGUGAUUGUUUGACAAUCAGAUGAAAACAUCAUAACUGGUUGUGUUUAUGCCGCAUUAAAAGGGAUAGGCGGUGCGUCCAUAAGGCUAGGGGAAGCUUUCCCUAAAGUAAAUGUAAUUAAAUUGCCAAAAUGAUAUAGCCUAAUUAGUUUACUCCUGUCUAUACAGAAAUAAAUUAAAUCAUUCAAAAUAGUCUACAAACCAGAAAGCAUGAUUUGGCCACAGAGGAUCAUUAGCUUCUUUUUUUUUUUAAGCUGUGGAUUGUUUUCAAUUGCAUAGUCUAUAGUUGGAUAGGCCCGCAAUAUGGGCAGCUCGCACGGCAAAUAGAUGAUUAUUGAGUUGCGACUGACAGUGAAAAGCAGAGAGACCCAGCCAGGCAUAUCGCAAUAUUUAAAAAUACAAUCUUGUGUUUGUAGUCUAGGUCUGUCUACUCUUCGCGCUGCAUUGAACAGUCUUUUCUGCGAACAGUGAUUGAGUUAUAUUAUUAGCCUAAAUUAUGAUUAUCCAAUCUAAUCAUCACAUUAGGAAUAGUAGGCUAUCUUACAUAAGUCUGCAAAUGCGAGGAUGCAUGGAAUGCUUUAUUAUAAAGGUGCAUGUUUAUGGUGAAAAUUAGCUUCCCCAAACUUAAAACCCACGCGCCGCCUAUGUUAAAAGUGAUAUGGCGAAUUUAUACUAGGUCUAGGCUACUUGGCCCACAGACAUCAUAUAUGAAAUUAAUGGGGAUUUUAUAUGUAAUUCUAUGAUUACAGCUAGGUGCUUGGGUGUCCCGUACCGGUAUGAAAUAGGGUGAAGUUGCCCCUAAAUGCUGAUUUUGGGUCAGAUUUGUAUUUUCCCCACAAAGGUUAAGGUUAGGAUUGGGGGAGGGAAGCUGAGCCUAGAUCUGGACCUAGAGAGAACUUCACCCCAGAGCGUUGUUUUGUUUUGGGGGGUGGAGCAGGGACGCAAUUUGGCGGACCUGAGGAGGAGCCAGCCUCGGGGGACCUUCACCAUGAGCACCACGCUCCGCCUGGGGAAACAGAUCCUGGAGUCUAUAGAGGCCAUCCACUCUGUUGGCUUCCUGCAUCGAGAUAUCAAACCGGUACGUAUCAUACAUAACAUAACAUACAGAUGCAGACUUUUUUUGUUGCACGUGUCAAGGAACAGCAUGCUAAAGCUUUAUGAAGGUUUAUCAGUGCUAAUUCUAAAAUACAAUGCUUAAAUGCAAAUGUAUUUCAUUUUCGCAUUCCAAUUUACCAAUUUACCAUUUAACCAUUGCAUUUUAGAAUUGGCACUGAUAACCUUCCAUAAUGCUGUGGCAUGUUGUGCUGUGCCAUGACGCAUGCAAAAAAGUCUGCAUCUGUAUAUCAAAACGGAAAUGUGUCUUUUUGCCAUCGGUUCGUUUCCUUCCCAAUCCCAGACACGCAGCAUUGGGUGAGCAGCAGAACAGCGACUCUGGAGCAGGUUAGGGGUUAAGUGCUUUGCUUAAGGGCACAACAGCAAUCUGUGGCAUCUUACAUGGUCCUAUAACCAAUGUUUAAUCAAACAAUGCCCCCUUAAGAACCCCUUUUUGACUAGCUCUAAUGGCACAGUGAUGGUUCCUUGGUGUUGCUACAGUAGCUCUUACCAACUGAGCCACACGACCAUAUCUGUAAUGCACUGAAUAAUCAUGUAUUUUCUCUGCAGUCAAACUUCGCCAUGGGAAGGCUGCCUUCGACCUUAAGGAAGUGUUACAUGUUAGACUUCGGCCUCGCGCGGCAGUACACCAAUACCACUGGAGAAGUCCGCCCUGUAAGUAUCCUCUUUUGUUCCUUUGCUUUGGUUUGUCAAACGAAAUGUUAGUUUACAUUUUAGUCAUUUAGCAGACAUUCUUAUCCUGAGCGACUUAUAGGAGCAAUUAGGGUUAAGUGCCUUGCUAAAGGGCACAUCGACAGAGCCUUUGUCACGAAUGCUGAUGUGGAUGCGGUGGUGGAGUCAAACGCAGGACACAGAGGAAUAAGUCAAAACGACUUUACUAUAACCUCGAAAGGUACACACCAAAUAAACGGCCUCAAAAUACACUAGAGGCGAAACAAAUACGCAAGUGCGUAAAACCAACACGAAGUGCCAAGGUACCGAACCUAUACAUCCAUGACAAGCGGACAAUAACACACAAAAUACAAACAUAACAUAGGGGAACUUAUAGGUGACAUAAUCAAUACAGAAUACGAAACAGGUGCACUAACUAGACAUGACAAAACAAACAUCGAAAACAUCAAACGGUAGUAGCUAGUACUCCGGGGACGACGAACGCCGAAGCCUGCCCGAGCAAGGAGGAGGAGCAGCCUCGGCGGCAUCCGUGACAGCCUUGUCAGCUUGGGGAUUUAAACCAGCAACCUUUAAGUUACUGGCCCAACGCUCUAACCAUUAGGCUACCUGCCGCCCAGUUCAAUGUUAUUGUGAUGUUAUUAGAAUAAUGUCCAGCUCGUGAGUAAGUUCCAGGUCAUCUUUAUUGCAAUGGUGAGGCUGCACAGAUUAGUAGGUCUGGGAUUCCAACAUCUGGGCCUGUAUUUAGAAACCAUCUCAGAGUAGGAGUGCUGAUCUAGAAUCAGGUCCCCCUGUCCAUUUAUUAUGAUCUAAAAGGCAAACGUGAUUCUACCUAACAUCCUACUCUGAGACUCUUUAUGAAAUGGUAAUACGAUAUAACCGUGUUCUGCGAUGUGCAGCGUGACAGAAAUGAAGAAGACCUGGAACGCGCCCAGUGUUCCCCAAAUGGUGGGUCAGGAUCAAUGACGUCACAUGACCCACCCUAAAGCAUGUAACACACCAAGAAUCUCACUGCCGAUAGACUGCCGAUAGGUACUUAUCACAGUGGGAGGCCAUUCCUUCUCUUGCUAGAACAAAAGCGGUACCUGCUGCGUGCUGACCCGGUUGCGACGAACCUACCGAUUCUACUUGUAGAAUCGCAACGCUCGUCAGUGGCAACAACUUGACUUUGAGCCAAUCAAAGAGCAUGAGAAAAAAGUAGUGCAUUUUCUCCGUACAUCCACAGAAGAGCCAUUCACACUUCAUAGGCUAUGGGAUGGUAGUUAGCUAAGUGCACAGACGCAAUGCACACAACACUAAAUACUUCCUCCAAGCUAGCGAACCACUGUAGCUAGUACUGACAUACAUAAUUAAAAUCAUAAUGUAUUAGCUAGUUUCCAUUAAACAGCUGCCUGUGUUAGCUACCGAGUUAGGGCAGUGUCCUUAGCUAUCUAGCUAUAUUGCGCUAGCUACCGAAUAUGCUAACAUUAGCUAGCUAGCUAAACAUUUGGUUAUGGGCUGGCACUGGUAGUAUGGGAUUAUGGAGAGUGAAUUCAAUUGUUUAUUCGUCAUCUUGCUAGGUAGUUUUUUUUUUUUAAUAGCAAGAUUAGCGCAGAUAUAUUGGACUCUAGACCAUAAGCAAUUUUGCACGAAUAUGCAUUGCCAAACAAUGCUACUUCCCCCUAAUGAUUUGGAAUAUUUUAACAUGGUUGAGUGGCUGACGACUUCCAAGGUCUUUGCUGCGUGAACACAAAAUUGAUUGACUGCCUAUGCUGUCGGCAGGCAAAAGUUUGAUAAUCCUACCAGUGUGUCUGAGCUUUAAGAUCCUCUUAGCUCCUAGCUCAGGACUGGGUCAUGCUCAUCAGGCAGCAAACAGAAGAAAACAGACUGAAACAAGGAAGGAUUACCUGGAUUUGUCCAGUAACAAACACACAUUUUCAGUUUGUGUUACAAAACAUUUUAAAACGUUUUCCAUAAUGAACACGACCCAUGACUAGGUUGUGGGUUACAAUACAGAAGUUUGAGGAUCACUGGACUAUAUUAUCAUCGUUGGUACUGUUUUGUUUUCAUUCAGACACUGGGUUUGGUGCAUUGCAGUUCAAUUUAUUCAAAAGUGAGCUCAUUCAUUGUACACUGGAUAAGAUGGAGUCCAAUAUCUGAAUCCUUGUUUUGCUGUUCAUUGUUUACAUGGGUAGCUGUCCAAUAUGCCUGGCACUUAGGACUGGUUUCCCGGGCCCAGAUUAAACCUAUUACCGGACUAAAAUGUAUGCUCAAUGGACAAUCGCCAUUGAAAGUGCUUUGAUGUCCAGGAAUAGGCUUAAUCUGGGUCUGGGAAGCCUGUUGGUAAGAUCAAACAGAUGACAGUUAAAAUGCAUUAGCCAGUGACUGCUUAUGACAUCGGUUACGUUGCGUUAGCUAAUGAUAGUACAGUGACAUCUUCAAAGUGACAUCUUAAAAAUGGAUGGAUCAUAUUGGUUAUAUUUGUGCCCAGUCAAUGGUUUGGCUAAUAUACAGUAUAAUAUAUACUGUAAGAUAUGCCACUUAGCAGACACUUUUAUUUUUUAGUAUGCGAUUUCCUGCAGGCUAUGGUUAUUUUUAUCUGCCUUUUAAAUUACCCAGAAAACACUUAUUAUUUAGAAUAUCAAAGUCUUAUUUAAUCAUUUGGGUGUGAAGUGAAAGCCUCUAAAUCAUUUUCAUAUUGAGUUAUUACUGAUACAUUGAAGUUCAUUGAAACGUUCAUCCCAUUGUCAUUCACAUCAUACACAGUAAUCCCUGGCCUUUGUAGUUAGUUUACAUGCUAAUCAAAGUUUUAGGGGAUAUGUGACCGGAACUAAGCCGAAGAAAGACUAACCUCCCCCUUUCUCUCUCUCUCCUUCUCUGUCUACCUCACUCUCUCUCCCUUUUCCCUCACUCACUUACCACUCAAAUCUAUUUUUUUCUCUCUCUCUCUCUCUUUUUCUCAGUGUUGCUCUCUAUCUACCUCUUUCUCUCUCUCUCACUCUCUCUCACAAACACAUUCUCACAAGCAAAUGCACACACACACACACACACCACACACACAUACCACGCACACACACCACGCACACACACACCACACACACACACACACACACCUUCAUCCCAGAGAGAGGUAUCCAAAGUGCUUUCUCUCAGUCUGUGGUGUCUUGUCUUAUUUUAGCGCACUCCAAGUAUGAGUCGUCCACUCUUACAGUAACCCUCCCCCAUUACUCCCCCCUCCCAUUCCUCCUCUACCCCCUCCCAUUUCUCCUUUCCCAUCCCCUCUUAUUGACUGCAUCUUCUUCCCCCCUUUGAUCUUCCCUUUUCUUCUUUUCUCCUCCACUUCCAUCCUUUCAUUUCCUCUCCUCUCCCAACUUCUCCCUCUCUCCAUAUAUCUCCCUUAAUCUCUUCUAGAACUUUCACCUCCUCUCCUUUCUUCUCCCUCAUCAAUUGCUUAUGCAUUGGUCCUCCUCUCCCCUGGACUCUUCGCCCCCUUUAUCUCUCUCCCUUUUCCUCCCCUCCCCUCCCCUCUUUCCUCUUCUCCUCUCCCCUCCUUUUAACUAGACUCUCUCAAGUAACUUCUAUCUUCUCUCCUUUCCCCUCUUUCCUCUUCUUCAUUUCUCUCAUCCACUUUUCUUUCGGCUCCUCUCCCUUUCCAUCCACUCGUUCCAUUUCUCUCCCCUCCUUUUGCCUCCUUUUGCCUCCCAUCUCUUAGGCACCGCUCUCCCUUCCCUCUACUUUCCUAAUCUCAUCUCCUCCAUCUCUUUCUUUCUCUCCUCUCAUCUCUUUGACUCAGUCACUAUCUGCUCUCCUCUAUUUCUCUCUAUCCCUCCCUCCCUCCCUCCCUCCCUCCCUCCCUCCCCUCUCUCCUCUCCUUUCAUAUCUCUGGCUCUACCACUCUGUGUCCUCAUGCAUCCCCCCCCCCCCCCCCCCCCCCCCCCCCCCCCCCCCCCCCCCCCUCUCUGAGCUCUGAGCUCUGUGAGUGCAGCAGCGUGAGAUGAAUAUUUAAGUUGCUUGCAUGCGUCAGUGUGCGAUGCCCCCAGGCAUCGCCUCUCGCUCCCCCCCUCUACCCCCAGCUCUCUGAUUUUUUUCUGCUUCUAGCCAGCACAGCUGAGUCAGCUUCAGCUCAUUGAUUCGUGAUGAAUGCGAGGCUCUGGCUCCCUCUCUUGCUCUCUCCCUCGCUCUCUCUCUCUCUGUGUUGUUAUCCCUCCAUUUUUCUCUCCCGUUUGCCUCUCCCUCUUUCUGUCUAUCUCUCUCCCUCCCGUUUGCCUCUCCCUCUUUCUGUCUACCUCUCCCCCCCUGUUUGCCUCUCCCUCUUUCUGUCUACCUCUCUCCCUCCUGUUUGCCUCUCCCUCUUUCUGUCUAUCUCUCUCCCUCCUGUUUGCCUCUCCCUCUUUCUGUCUACCUCUCUCCCUCCUGUUUGCCUCUCCCUCUUUCUGUCUACCUCUCUCCCUCCUGUUUGCCUCUCCCUCUUUCUGUCUACCUCUCUCCCUCCUGUUUGCCUCUCCCUCUUUCUGUCUACCUCUCCCCCUCCUGUUUGCCUCUCCCUCUUUCUGUCUACCUCUCUCCCUCCUGUUUGCCUCUCCCUCUUUCUGUCUACCUCUCUCCCUCCUGUUUGCCUCUCCCUCUUUCUGUCUACCUCUCUCCCUCCUGUUUGCCUCUCCCUCUUUCUGUCUACCUCUCUCCCUCCCUGUUUGUCUCUCCAUCUCGCUUUAUUUAUUUCCCCCGCUUCCAUGUCUGUCUCUCGUUCUUUACCCCUGCUUUCCUCCCUCUAUCUCUCCCUCUCUCAUUCCAUCUCCCCUCCCUCUCUUUAUCUCCCUCUUCCCCCAGUCCCUGGCCAUUAGCAGUGUAUGCCUCUCUCCUACCCCUAGACAGCCAGGUUUCCAGGGAAGCAAGUGUCAGGGGCCUCUCCAGUCCAAAUGA